AUAAAAAAUAAAAUGAGGUACCAUCAAGAGUGAAACUCAAAGUGGUGGCAUCUGAAGAAAACGGCACCAUCGCUGGUGGCUUGGCUUUCUUCCCAUCUUGCGUUGCCGGAGGAUACGCCGAGCCGGUACCUUUUGUUCUUUUGUUAGGGACGAAACACCACCGCACAGAGGCGACGAGCGCGAGCCAUCACCACGGACCACUCGACGCGAGGGAGAGCGGCGGUUCCGACAGCAGCUUCGCCACCACGAACAGGCAUUGGUACAGUGUAGGAAGCUUGAAAAUGUUUUCGGGUGUGAAAUUCAUUCCCCGGGACCAGGUGGAUGAUGAGGACUUGGAUUCUUCCUCGAAAGAAAGGAAAAAAUCAUAUAAGAGAAGGGGAAAGAAUAAGAAGAAAGGGAGGAGCUCUAGGGACAGUUCUGAUGAUGACGGGCUAGUUAAGAUCAAGAAAGGAUCUAGGAAGAAGAAGUGGUAUUCGUCUGAUGAAGAUUCUUCUCUUUACUCAAGUGAAAGUGAGAGUGAUAAAGAUGAAAAGAAGAGAAGGAGUAAAUCAAAAAAUAAAAGGGACGAUUCUCCUAGUAAGAUGGAAAUUGCGAGAAAAGAAAUGGGACUGGAUUGGAUGCUCAGGGCUCAAAGUAAGAAGCCUGCAGUUACGGAAACAGAGGAGAAUUUAUCAGAGGAGGUUCCUGUUGAGGAGCCAAAGAAAGCGAAUCCUAAGGAACUGAAUCCAUAUUUGAAGGAUAGUGGAAGUGGUUACCCAGAAGAAAAGGAUGGAGCUAAAGUUGGUGCUGACCAACUUCUAUCUUCUUCUCUUGUUGGGGAUGGAGGAGCAAGUUGGAGACUCAAAGCCUUAAAGCGUUCACAAGAACAAGCAGCUCGAGAAGGACGAAACUUUAAUGAGGUUGUGCAAGAAAGGUGGGGUUCUCUGGGUGAGUUGACCGCAUCUGUUGCAUCUAAUGCAGCUGCUCCUGGUCGAGCACAUCUACGUGCUAUAAAAAAUAGACAAAAAGGGAUAACGGAAGAAAACUCUCCAGAUUCUCACAAGCGUGGUGGAAGGGCUCCUAAUAAAAGGGACUACUUAAAGGAUGUUUCUGUUCGCCACCAUGAAAUGAGAAAACCUAAAGUUGAAGAUUCAUUGUCUUGGGGAAAGCGAAAGAGCCACCAACGCAUGGUAGCUGAGGGUGCUGGGAUAAUCUCUGCCGCAGUAUCUAGUCUAAAUAAGUUUUCUAAUGAUGGAAGCUUUAUGCAAAAUUUCGGUAGCAAGAUGAGUAAUAAUUCUGAUGGCUCUGUUUUGGAAAGUGUUGAAUUGGAAGAAGUUCCGUUAGAAGCAAACACUCCUGUGGAAAGAAGUGCUGAAGUCAAGAAUGAGAUGAGUGCAAAUCAGUUGGCAGCCAAGGCUAUGCAACUUCGUUUGAAGGGAAAGCAUGAAGAAGCUGAAAAACUAAUGCAAGAAGUAAAAGUUAUGAACACAAAACAGGAAAAUCAAGAUCAUUCAAUUAGAUCAAGAACAGAUGGCAGUUCUAGCAGGUAUGCUAUGCAAAAGAUACCUGCGGCUGGACAGAAGAAAGGAGAAGAUGAUGCUGAUAUGCAUCUUGCCCGCAAGAUAAUGCAGAACAAGAAGUUUAGUAUUUCCACUCAGGCUGAUGAUGAAUAUGAUUUUGAGGAUGGCCCAAGCAGAAAGAGUAGAAAGAAGCAAGCAGGUGAUGACGGCAAGAUCCAAAAAAAAACUAAUCGGUUCUUGACUCAGCAAGAACGCUGCCUCUUUUGUUUAGAAAAUCCAAAUCGACCUAUGCAUCUUGUUGUUUCAAUCGCAAAUUUCACAUAUCUUAUGUUGCCACAGUGGCAGCCCGUGGUUCCUGGUCAUUGCUGCAUUUUACCAAUUCAGCAUGAAUCAGCUACAAGAACUGUGGACGAUAAUGUGUGGACAGAAAUUCGAAACUUUAAGAAGUGCCUAAUUAUGAUGUUCGCUAAGCAAGAAAAGGAGGUAGUGUUUCUUGAGACAGUUAUGGGAUUGGCCCAGCAACGAAGGCAUUGUAUGGUUGAGUGCAUUCCUUUACCCCAAGAUAUUGCCAAAGAGGCUCCUUUGUACUUUAAAAAGGCGAUUGAUGAAGCUGAAGAUGAGUGGAGCCAGCACAAUGCCAAGAAACUUAUUGAUACAAGUCAAAAGGGAUUGCGCAAUUCAAUUCCCAAACACUUUCCAUAUUUCCACGUUGAAUUUGGUCUAAACAAGGGUUUUGUCCAUGUUAUUGAUGAUGAAAAACAAUUUAAUAGCAGCCUCGGGUUGAAUGUGGUAAGAGGCAUGCUGCAAUUGGCAGAUGAGGACAUGUAUAGACGACGACGCUACGAGGUCAUGGAGGUUCAAAAGCAGUUAGUUGCAAGCUUUUCCAAAGAGUGGGAUCAUUUUGACUGGACAAAACAGCUUCAUGAAACUUCCUAACAAACGUUUUACAGAUUAGGUCACGUUGAUUUAAGGAUUUAGUUAAUCUACAUUGUAAUCUGCCCUGGCAUACAAUAUCUUAGUGAUAGAAAUGAAUGUGGCGGUGCUGUGUGUACUCAUUUCUUUUCAAAAAAGGUAAAAAGAAUGUGAAUUAUUGUUUAUUC